AUGGAUAACAGCCCGCCGCCACCGUCGGCCCUGAACAACUUUCGCAUCAUCUACCUGGUGACGCAGCUCGUCGGCAUCACGAUCAUCAUCCUCGUCAGCUGCUGGAUCGGCAUCCAUCUCGAUGGGCUCGCCUGGUCCUCCAAGCCGUCCGUGCAGUUCAACUGGCAUCCGCUGCUGAUGUCCGUCGGCAUGAUUUUCCUCUACGGAAACUCCAUUCUGAUAUACCGCGGAUUCCGGUACGCUCGCAAGAAGCCGCUCAAGAUAACGCACGCCACCAUCCACGGGGCGGCCUUCAUUUUCACCGUCGUGGCGCUGGUGGCCGUCUUCGACUCGCACAAUCUUGCCAAACCGUCAGCGAUUCCGAAUAUGUACACGCUGCACUCGUGGGUCGGAUUGACGGCGGUGCUGCUCUUCUCGCUGCAGUACGUGUUCGGCUUUGCGGCAUAUCUUUUCCCCGGGGUACGCGAACAACUGCGGGCGUCCUACAUGCCAGUUCACGUAUUUUUCGGAGUGGCCGGAUUCGUGCUGGCCAUAGCCGCGGCACUCCUGGGACUGCUUGAAAAGGCCAUCUUCUCCGUACCGAACUACUCCACUCUGCCCCCGCAAGCCAUCCUAAUCAACACGCUCGGAUUGCUCUACAUCGUGUACGGUGGUCUCGUUGUGUUUCUGGUGACGGAACGACAGUACAAACGAUAUCCUCUGCCCGAGGACGUGAUGCUUCUAACGCACAGCGCCAGCGUUGGCUCCUCGUAAGCACAAACGAUAUGGAUCCUUCCGAAAAUCAUUGCCCAAGCCUGUUUUGAACCUGGUGUUAGAGUGAAAGAGAGACGUGAAAACUAGAGAAACCCGGAAGGAUACUGAAAGUAACCCAGCAUAAGCAGCAUAGUAUUGAUCGAUCGCGUGGUGCAUUUUGAGGAACGAAACGUGAAACAGCGGGUCGCUCCUAUUCUAUUGAGUGUGUAUUAUUAACCUGUACUUUAGGGUUGGAUGUUUGAGUUACAUGAAAAGCGAUCUGUAUAUAUUAUUCUAUUUAUCGAAGUAUGGUACACAGUCAACCGAAAGAUUCCCGAGGUCUCGUGGAAUUGAUUCUACUACAAAGUAAUUCACUAACUGAAAGUUGGUGCUCUGUUUAGUCUGGCAGAAAGAGUAGGAAUCCUUCCACUGGGCCUAAGUUGCUUUAAAUAUUGUAAAUCUAUACAUACAAUAAAUCGUAUCGAGAACAUAAAUAUCGACAA